CCCCGCCUCGGCCGGCGAGUGAGCGCGGAGCGGCCCGGCAGUCUGCUGGAAAGACCUUGCCAAGCACCUCUCCUGUGAUGGAGCCACCAAGCUCGUCCAGGCUGAAUUCCCGGAAGAGAAGAAAAGAUGGGUCAGGACCCAAUGGGGCAACAGAGCUGGAUGGAAUCCCUCCAAAAAUGUCCCGUCACUCGUUUGGCUUGAGGGAGCCAGCUCCGUUUUCAGAUGAAAUUGAAGUGGACUACAGUAAGCCGUACGUCAGACUAACGUUGGAAGAGGCAACCCGGGGCACCCCCUUGGAUCGACCAGUCAGGGUUUACGCUGAUGGGAUAUUUGACUUAUUUCACUCUGGACAUGCCCGGGCCUUGAUGCAGGCAAAGAACCUCUUCCCGAACACAUAUCUCAUUGUGGGAGUCUGCAGCGAUGAGCUGACCCAUAACCUCAAAGGCUUCACGGUGAUGAACGAAAGCGAGCGUUACGAUGCGGUGCAGCACUGUCGCUACGUGGAUGAAGUGGUGAGAAACGCACCAUGGACCCUCACCCCGGAGUUCCUGGCAGAGCACCAGAUUGAUUUUGUUGCCCAUGAUGACAUCCCAUAUUCUUCUGCUGGGAGUGACGAUGUUUAUAAACACAUAAAAGAAGCAGGCAUGUUUGCACCAACUCAGAGGACCGAAGGGAUCUCCACAUCAGAUAUCAUCACCCGGAUUGUACGAGACUAUGAUGUCUAUGCCCGACGGAACCUGCAGAGGGGAUACACUGCCAAGGAGCUGAACGUCAGCUUCAUAAACGAGAAGAAAUAUCACCUGCAGGAACGUGUGGACAAGGUGAAAAAGAGGGUAAAGGACGUGGAGGAGAAAUCGAAGGAGUUUGUCCAGAAAGUGGAGGAAAAGAGUAUUGACCUCAUUCAAAAAUGGGAGGAGAAAUCCCGGGAAUUCAUCGGCAACUUCCUGGAGAUGUUUGGACCGGAAGGAGCACUGAAACACAUGCUGAAGGAGGGCAAAGGCCGGAUGUUGCAGGCUAUCAGCCCCAAACAGAGCCCCAGCAGCAGCCCGACGCACGAGCGCUCCCCAUCUCCCUCCUUCCGCUGGCCCUUCUCCACCAAGACCCCUCCUUCCUCGCCGGCCAACCUCUCCAGGAACCAAUCCGCCGUCGCCUAUGACAUCAGCGAGGAUGAGGAGGACUAG